AUGAGAAAGACUAGAGAUCUCUUCAAGAAAAUUAGAGAUACCAAGGGAACAUUUCGUGCAAAGAUGGGCUCGAUAAAGGACAGAAAUGGUAUGGACCUAACAGAAGCAGAAGAUAUUAAGAAGAGGUGGCAAGAAUACACAGAAGAACUGUACAAAAAAGAUCUUCAUGACCCGGAUAAUCACAAUGGUGUGAUCACUCAUCUAGAGCCAGACAUCCUGGAAUGUGAAGUCAAGUGGGCCUUAGAAAUCAUCACUACGAACAAAGCUAGUGGAGGUGAUGGAAUUCCAGUUGAGCUCUUUCAAAUCCUGAAAGAUGAUGCUGUCAAAGUGCUGCACUCAAUAUGCCAACAAAUUUGGAAAACUCAGCAGUGGCCACAGGACUGGAAAAGGUCAGUUUUCAUUCCAAUCCCAAAGAAAGGCAAUGCCAAAGAAUGCUCAAACUACUGCACAAUUGCACUCAUCUCACAUGCUAGUCAAGUAAUGGUCAAAAUUCUUCAAGCCAGGCUACAGCAAUACGUGAACUGUGAACUUCCUAAUGUUGAAGCUGGUUUUAGAAAAGGCAGAGGAACCAGAGAUCAAAUUGCCAACAUCCGCUGGAUCAUGGAAAAAGCAAGAGAGUUCCAGAAAAACAUCUAUUUCUGCUUUAUUGACUAUGUCAAAGCCUUUGACUGUGUGGAUCACAAU